GGUAUCUUCACAUCUGCACCACAUCCAUCGCGUCUUGUGCUUGACGCCCCUUCAAAUCCAUCCAAACUCUCAAACACCAAGAAGUUUGCUCUGCCAUGAUAAACACCUGAGAUCAGUUUGAAGAUCUAGAGAAAUACCCAAUGCUCGACCGUCGUACACUUUUGCAAGACCGCUACUCGUAUAUCGAUUAAGUUUGCGCCGCUACUCCACGGUCGUUGGUCCAUCACCACUCAUUCUCAGCCAAUAAUUGGCCUCGGGAGGGGUUUGGCCAGUGAGGAAUUUACUUUCAUUACGGCUACAACAUUGUCUACGGUAAAUAUGCAAACAACUUUUCCUUCCAUUGCAACUUCCAUUGAUCAAUUGAUUCUCCUCUUUUCACAGCUUCAAACAUUGUUCAAGCUAUCGGGUAAUUGCGCAUAUUGCUUGCUCAUCCUUGUGCUUUCCCCUUGGUCUCUCCCCUCGUUCUCGUGCAACAUCGUUUAUCAAUCAUUCCAGAGAUACAUCCAUUGCUCGGUACAUGUUCAAAUACUAGCAGCUCGAAUUUAAACACGGCUCUAUGCGAUAUUCGCAAUGAUGACCUCGGAAAAUGCCACAGUAACUGGCACAGAGAGUGUGGCAGAUAUUUCUCCAACCAUCAGGCGAUCUACACUUUCACAUGUCAAUGGUGCAAACGGAAAGAAGAGGGCCAACAUCAGCAUCGCGGAUUUCCCAAAACCUCUCACACAACAACACACAUCCGAUUCACUUCGAAAGUAUACACAAAAGAAGUAUAGACAUGUCGCUGCUGUUCAUUCUAAUCCUCGAACAUCGUGUCUUAGCCACGAAAGCGAUGCGGCACCUAGCUUUCUUGGAUUUAGAAACUUGAUGGUCCUGGUUUUACUGAUCUCAAAUCUGCGAUUGAUGUUGGAGAACAUUCGAAAGUAUGGAGUUUUGAUAUGCUUGAGAUGUCACGAUUAUCGCAGACAAGAUCUUAUGCUGGGGGCUGCUCUUUACUUUAUAAUUCCGUGCCAUCUGUUUGUCGCCUACGUUGUCGAACUCGCCGCCGCGCAACAAGCGAGAGCAUCACUAAAGGGAAGCAAAAAGAGAGCUGGAACUGCCACGCCGGGUGGUAGCUAUAUUGCUACCGAGGCCGAACAUGAAAAAUUCCAUUCAACUUGGAAAGUAAUAGCUUGGAUCCAUGGACUGAACAUAACGCUCUGCUUACUUAUUACAUCCAUAAUUGUCUACUUCUUCAUACAUCACCCCCUAAUAGGCACGAUAACCGAAGCACACGCAAUCAUUGUCUGGUUGAAAACGUAUAGUUAUGCAUUCACCUGCCGCGAUCUUCGACAUGCUUAUCUCCACCCCUCUAGUAAAGAGGAAGAUGCAUUGCCAGAAAUAUACAACAAAUGUCCCUACCCACAGAACAUUACGCUGAAUAACUUGACAUACUUUUGGUGGGUUCCAACAUUGGUUUAUCAACCUGUGUAUCCCCGGACCAACAAGAUCAGAUGGGUUUUUGUAGGUAAGAGGUUGGCAGAAGUUUUUGGUCUGAGUAUUUUCAUAUGGGUUGCCAGCGCACAAUAUGCAGCCCCUGUUCUCCAGAACUCUUUAGACAAGAUGGCAUCUCUGGAUCUUCCUUCUAUCCUCGAACGAUUGAUGAAGCUAUCUACGAUAUCUCUGGUCAUAUGGCUAGCAGGAUUCUUCGCUUUAUUCCAGUCUUUUUUGAACAUUCUCGCAGAGGUCACAACAUUUGGGGAUAGGAAUUUCUAUGAUGAUUGGUGGAACUCGCCCAGCGUGGGAACAUAUUGGAGAACUUGGAACAAGCCUGUUUAUCAAUUCAUGAAACGACAUGUAUUCUCACCCCUCGUAGGCAGGGGCUGGAGUCCAUACUCAGCGAGUGUUGCGGUAUUUACAUUCUCCGCUAUUCUACAUGAAUUGAUGGUGGGUGUGCCGACACACAACAUGAUUGGCGUUGCAUUUAUAGGUAUGAUGGCACAGCUACCACUCAUUGCUAUCACGACGCCAUUAGAGAAAAUGAACGGCAUAAAUGGCAAGAUCAUUGGAAACUGUAUAUUUUGGGUAUCUUUCACCCUGGUUGGACAACCCCUCGCCGCGUUACUUUACUUCUUCGCAUGGCAAGCUAAAUAUGGAAGUGUUAGCAAGCAGGUCAAAUAAUAGCAAUCCACAUCACGAAAAUGUCGGCUGUUUUAAGAGCACCUUGUUUCAGUCUUUAGAUACAAGUAGAAUGAAAAUUAUAUGAGCUUAGCGGCUCUCAGCAUGUGUGGUUACUACACUUACUCUUUCUGUGGCAAUUAGACACAAAAAUAGAGAAGCCACAAUGCCUGGCUAUCA